UAUACCAUAAGUUCUAGCUAACAAAACUUCACAAUCAUAACCAGAAAAUACCGACUAAAGUGCGCUUAAAUUACAACAACUAAUUUUUUUAUACUAUAAAAAGGGAAUAAUACAACAUACGUGCAUACAUACAUACAUAUAAACAUACUUAAAACUGAUAAGCGUGAAACCUAUCAGCUGAGACUAACUUCCAAUCACUAAAACAAACCAACGAUAGAGACUUUGGUGCUUAAGUGUAAAGAGUAUAAAAAUGAUCGUUGCUUCUUAGUAGCUAACAGAAAGAAGUGAACAUUGAAAGUAGCAAUAAGUCGUGCAUAAAAUUUUGCCUCUUACUAAACAAACUUAUAGUUUUGUGAGAACUACUUAAUUAUAUUACAAUACAAAGUCAAUAAUACUGCACAAUAUUUACAAAAUGUCCGCGAAGAAUCUUCAUCCACUGGUUGGUGCUACCACACGCUAUAUCGCCGGCAGAAAUGCCAUGCAGACAGUUUAUUGGCGCACAUCUGGCGCUGGACCUAAUGGCCGAAUGGUGAAAAUACACAAAAAUUGCGAAUUCGAAAAGACACAGGAUCUGCCGUCGAAAAUACGCUUGCAGUAUUACAAUGAGAACUAUCGGGCGAAGAUUAAGGAUGCACUGUGAGCACUGAAGUGGUUGGCGAAAACACGAAUUUUUAGGUUAAUUUUUUUUUAUGGAUGUGUACAUAGUAUUAGUUUAAUAUGUUAAUUAGCGAAAUAGUAAAUUAUUAAAAUUUAACAAUCAAA